UUACAGUACGCGACGAAUAUGACUAUUGGUGGCCAAGAUCUGCUCAUUCAACUGGACACCGGAUCAUCCGAUCUCUGGGUGUCGCUGCCAUCCGGCCAGUUUGAGUUCACCAACGUCACGGACAUCACGGCACAAGAGACAUACGGGAUUGGCGCAGUCACCGGCACGAUUGUCUUCGCCAACGCGUCUCUGGGUGAUCACUUUGUCUACAACCAAGGUACAUACUUCCUCGCCUGUCGUCUCAGCUCUCACACUGACCUCCACAACGUGCGCGGUAUCCUCGGUCUGUCCUUCGAUGCAGGCUCCACCGUCGACGUCGACGUCGUCGAGGCCUUCGGUGCCAACUCCACCGCAGGCGUCUCCUUCCUCGUCAACCUCUUCCUGCAGAACCCAAACAUGUCGCACUUCUUCACCACGCAGCUCGGGCGUACAGACGAUCCGCAGUACACUAUGGAGGGCUUCUUCACCAUAGGGGACUACGUCCCGGGGCUCGAGGCGGUCGCGCAGCAGCCGCAACUAGAGCGCUUCCCGAAUAGCAGCCCGACCGGGAACCCGCCGCGGUGGUCGACGGUGAUGAGCGGCAUGACGGUCAACGGCGAGCCGUUCGCGUUCAAUGCGUCCGGCGUCCCGGGUACCCCGAAUGGCUCGGUCGUCGCGGUACUCGAUACGGGCUUCACGUUCCCGCCCAUCCCGGAGGAGGCGGUGACGUUCAUCUACGGCAGCAUCGAAGGCGCGUACUUUGACAACAACAGCAGUUUGUGGAUUGUGCCGUGCGAGAAUGCGACGCAGCUGGAGUUCCAGUUUGAGAAUAUGUCUGUGCCUAUUCACCCUCUGGAUCUUACAACGGUGGUCGAAUUGAACAACCAGACCGUCUGCGUGAACACCUUCCGUGCAACGACCUUCCCUGUCAAUGACCAGUUUGACAUCAUUCUAGGUGAUGCUUUCCUCAAGAACGUCUAUGCAUCUUUCAACUACGGCAACUGGUCCGCCUCCGACCCUGACGCUAUCCCAUACAUUCAGCUGCUUCCCACCACGAACCUGACCGCCGCCUUCGACGAGUUCGCGCAAGUCCGCUCCUCCAUGGUCACCUCCGCCGAGGCUUCCGCUUCGAUGUCCGCAACGGCGUCCAUCAUGCCUUCUGCCGCUUCUGGAUCGUCCGAUUCCGUGCUUCCGACGACUAGCGUACUUUACUCCUCGGCGUGGUCGACCUACCCGGCUUCGUCGGCUUGGGCAAGCUACUCAUCCGCUUCUUCUGCGUCUUUCACGUGGUCCAGCGCAGCGCCGACUGCUUCGGCGUCCGCAGACUCCAACUCCAGUUCGACCAACACGUCAGCGAGCACAACCACAGAUCCCACGGACCCAUCUGCGAACUCGACAGAUACGUCCGCAAGCGCAACGGAGAGCGCCGCAGAUUCCGAGUUCACU